AUGCCUAAAAGAAAGUCAUAUCUUGGCAAGACCACGAGAAAAGCCAAGAGUCAAAGAUUACUCUACGUGACAAUGAAUCUCAACAACACAGAGAAAAUCGCCUUGCGGAUGGUCGUUUACGGCAAUCAACGUCCAGGGCGGAUGAAAACAGUUAUGAAAGGGACGAACGGUUACAGUUGGAUAGAUCACGACACUUAUUGCUGGGAAGUCAAGAAGCUAAAUAUUCUAGGGAACAGCGACAAGAAAACGAUCGUAUUCAACAUGCAAUCUCUAGAAGUCAUGAAUCACAAGACUAUAGAGAACAGUGACAAGAAAACGAUCGUUUUCAACAUGCAAUCUUUAGAAGUCAUGAAUCACAAGACUCUAGAGAACAGCGACAAGAAAACGAUCGUAUUCAACAUGCAAUCUCUUGAAGUCAUGAAUCACAAAACUCUAGAGAACAGCGACAAGAAAACGAUCGUUUUCAACAUGCAAUCUUUAGAAGUCAUGAAUCACAAGACUCUAGAGAACAGCGACAAGAAAACGAUCGUAUUCAACAUGCAAUCUCUUGAAGUCAUGAAUCACAAAACUCUAGAGAACAGCGACAAGAAAACGAUCGUUUUCAACAUGCAAUCUUUAGAAGUCAUGAAUCACAAGACUCUAGAGAACAGCGACAAGAAAACGAUCGUAUUCAACAUGCAAUCUCUAGAAGUCAUGAAUCACAAGACUCUAGAGAACAGCGACAAGAAAACGAUCGUAUUCAACAUGCAAUCUCUUGAAGUCAUGUUUAUUUCUAUAUUCUUUAUUCUUUUAUACUUGAAAAUUACUUGA